AUGAAAAGAAAAACUCUGUUACUUGAAGCUGAUAUUAUAUAAUAAAUAAAAAGUGCCUUCAACCUUAAUCAAAUUGAAAUAACAGAACUGAUGACUUAAGCUAAACGAUAUGAUCCUAAAGGAACUGGUUUUGUUAGCAAAAAUGAGGUCGAUGAUAUCAUGAGAGAUUUGAAGUUGUUGUCAAACGAAAAGAUGAUUGCCAAAUUCAAAGAGGAAAUAAAAACUUAUGAAGGAAAACAACUCGAACUUAAGUAAAUAUGCGAUCUGUAUUGUAAAUUGAAGAAUUAUUAAUAAUAAUUGGAAGACGAGGAAACCAUAACUCAGGAAUAUAUUGAUGCAUUUGUUGCCUUGGGAGGGUAGCCUGAUAGAUCAGGUUACGUAUAAAAAUAAACCAUAAUUGAUAUCAUCCAACAGGAAUUCGAACUGAAAAUUGAUUUGGAAUCAUUUCUUGGAGAUUUCUAGGGUGAUAAAUUAGAAUUUGAAGAUUUCUGUUAGCUUUUCGAGAACGCUGGAGAAGAUGCUAAAUCUUUUAUUACUAGUUUCUCAUAAGCCAAAAGAAAUAAUACUGAUUUCACAGUCAGAUUCAAAGAUUUUGAAAAAUGGGAGAAAACAGCUAUGUGAUCAUAAUUUAAUUUAAUUUAUAUCAUCAUCUGUAACCCAACUCUUU